AUGGCGACGAGGCAGGGGCGACGGCCGGUGAGGAAGGGGGCGGGGCAGGGCGACGGCGACGACGGGGGCAGGCCGGGGCGCGCGGCGCGCAUCGGGGCAGGGCGGCGAGCGGCGACGGCGCCGAGCGAGGGCACGAGCGACGGCGACCUCGGGCGGCUCGGGGAGGCGACGGCGACGUCGGGGCAGGGGCCGGCGUCGAGGAGCAGCAGCAGUCUGGCGGCGUUCGAGAGAAGAAUGGCGGGUGGGGGGAAAUUUCCUAAGUAUUUGCCCGUUAAUGGACGCCCGUGUCUCUUUUCCUCUCCAUUUCCCCCUUUUCGAAAGGGCAGAGAGGAGGAGGAGGCGCUCGAGCGGCGGAGGGGGCGAGGCGAUUUCAGCCUGGUUCAUGGCGGUGGCGAGAUCCCUCUCUCAUCGAGCUUGAGAGUUCUCCCUGAUUCAUUGGGCUGUCCCGGUGAUGAUGAAGAGUUUGAUGAAGCACUUUACAAUUUCUAUGUGAAUAAUAAAGUCAAGUACCUGAAGAGAAAAUUAUCAUCUGCUGGCAGGAAUGUUUUCAAAGCCCGUGUAGACAAUUUCUUGAUCUUGUGUGUGUGUGUCGUUAUCUAUUCAAUGAAGCUCACCCUUCCAUUUCUAAGAAGCAUUUCUUCUUCUCAUAUAUUGGUGAAACGAUUUUGAAUGGUUCUAAUGAAGAGUGUGUUGCUAAUGCUUUCAAUAGUGCUAAUAGUGCUUUUCCCAUGUGGAGAAGCAAUAUGGUGGUCUAGCGUGAAGAUUUUCUUGGUGGUCAACAAGACUGGAGAUUCAUCCAUCCUUUAUUAGCUUCGUAUAGUUUUCAUGAUGUGUUAGCUAUUUUGAUACAACAGUAUUAUUGGUCCAAGAAUGUUCUGAUUCAAUGUACUUUUUAGGCCGAUGACUUGUAUCAUCGCCCCUGUAACAGUUUUAGGUUCCUUUUGUUACUGGGAUGCUUUUCUGGUGCAUUAUUAGCUAUUUUUACCUGAAUGGUUUGUGCA